AUGGUUGCUAUCUCGGGAGAUCUUGGAGACGUCGUUGCUUCUCUUUGUUGUUCUCUUUGUGUUGUUGGUGGUGGGGUCUUCUCCAGUGUAGGCUGGACUGAUUUUCUUCUUUGUGAUCGCCUUCUUGGGGAUGGGGUUGCUGUUGGUGGUCUUUGUGAUCGCCUUCUUGGGGAUGGGGUUGCUGUUGGUGGUGCAUGCGAUCGCCUUCUUGGGGAUGGGGUUGCUGUUGGUGGUGCAUGCGAUGGCCUUCUUGGGGAUGGGGUUGCUGUUGGUGGUGCAUGCGAUGUUGCUGCUGGUGAUUUUGUUGCUGUUGCUGCUGCAUGUGGUGGUGCUGUUGUUGCUGGUGCUGCUGCUGCUGGUGCUGUUGUUGCUGGUGCUGCUACUGGUGGUGGUGCUGUUGUUUCUGGUGCUGGUGAUGUUGUUGCUGGUUGUUGA